GCAGAUCCAGUUCCCUCGCCGGGACGCCCGGCCCAACACCGGCGCGGUUGCGCCGAACGAGUCAAACAACCCACUCGCCUCCCUCACUCCCCAGCCCCCAUCUCGCGCGCCCAUGGCGAUCUCGCGCCUCCUUCUCCACUUCAUCCUCCUCCUGCUGCUCCGCGCCUUCGCCUUGCUACCCACGCAAGCUGCUGCGAGAAGCGGCCACAAUCCGUCAGGUACCGACGAUGGAAAUCAUGGGUCAUUUUCGCGUAACUUGCUUGAGGAUAAGCCCCGGAUCACGGAAGAAAUGGUCCAUGGAUAUAUGAGCAACUCUGAGCUUGAGAUUGCUGUACAUACCUUUGGAAGUCGGUGUCCUAAUAUCUCCAGGAUAUACAGUUCCAAAUUUGUAUACUGGAGAACUGUUCUGUUGUUCUUGCAGUGGGUGAUUGAAAUAUCAGACAAGCCUGGGAAAAAAGAAGCUGAACCAGCAUUCAAGUUCAUUGGAAAUGUUCAUGGUGAUGAGCCUGUUGGAAGAGAGAUUCUUAUGCAUCUUGCAAAUUGGCUAUGUGAUAACUACCUGAAGGAUCCGUUGGCAACUCUCAUUGUGGAGAACAUGCACCUUCAUAUACUCCCAACAAUGAACCCAGAUGGAUUUGCUCUUAGAUGGCGUGGUAAUGCAAACAAUGUUGAUCUCAACAGAGAUUUUCCUGACCAAUUUUUCUCCGUCAACAACGAUAUUAACUACAGACAACCUGAAACUAGAGCUAUUAUGAACUGGGUAAAACAAGAACACUUCACGGCCUCUGCUAGUUUGCAUGGGGGUGCUCUUGUUGCCAAUUAUCCAUGGGAUGGAACUAGAGAUAAAAGCAAAUAUUAUUAUGGAUGUCCUGAUGAUAAGGCAUUCCAAUACAUGGCAUCAGUGUAUAGUCAGUCACACUACAACAUGUCUUUGAGCAAAGAAUUUGAAGGAGGGAUUACAAAUGGUGCAUUCUGGUAUCCAAUAUAUGGUGGCAUGCAAGACUGGAACUAUAUACAUGGAGGCUGCUUUGAAUUAACACUGGAGAUUAGUGACACAAAGUGGCCGAAAGCAGCUGAGCUUCCUGUCAUCUGGGAACACAACAGGAUGAGUAUGCUCAAAAUUGUUGCAAGCCUAAUAAAGUCAGGAAUUCACGGAAGGAUAUUUGCAGCAAAUACUGGCAGGCCUAUACCUGGCUCAGUGAUGAUAAAGGGGAUUGAUUCCAAGGUAAGAGCUAGCAACACUUAUGGAGAUUACCAUCGAAUGCUUGCGCCUGGUGAGAAAUAUGAAGCAGUCGUGGCAUCAAUGGAAGGCUUCCGGCCAAAAGCUACACAUAUUGUGCUGGAGCAGGAAGCCGUGAGCCUUGAUUUCAUCUUGGAUCCAGAUGGAGCUGAUGGCCAGAUGGAGCUGCUUCGUAAUGACUGCGGUUGCCGCUGCGACAACGAGCUGUUCCACGUUCUAGAAGCUCACCUCUGGUUGUAUCUUCUUGUUAUGUUCGUUCUCCUGACCUUUUACUUGCUUUUCAAGAGAAGAACUGCGUCUAGGUUGCUAACCUAUAGACACUCACCCAGACGGCCUAUUGCUGUAUAAUAGGAAUUUUGUGCCUCAUUUAGAGUUUGUAACUUAUACCAAAACGGAAUGUUGUGUAAGGUUUUUUUUUAGGACGGAAUGUUGUAUAAGUUGAAGGAUGGCCAACGUACCAUGGAAGUUUUGCAUCGAUGGGAAGUUAUGCAUCAUGGAAGAAUAGAAGGAAUCUCAAGGUUUAUUGUGUGGUACAGAUAAGGUGGCAUGUUGUGGUGGGUUUAUAUUCCCUUUUCGUGAAAAUAGCCGUCU